GCGCUCGAUAACGGAUUGAGUGCGCAAGGUCGAUAGCUCUAUGUAUGCUGGUCACUGAACUCCGAUAUGAAUUCCGCAGCUCAGCCGUCCUGUUAUGCGAAAUACUAUGGGCGUUGAGAUGGGGACUGUGUCUUUUUUAGGCCUUUAUUAUUGAUGCUUUAGAGAGUCAAAGCUGGCUAGUCUGGAUCUAGGAUUUGGCAGCAUAUCAGAGGCUUAUCAUCCGAAUAGUGGAGAAAAUGCGCUUUACGCCGUGCUUCUUUGUUGUGAAUUUUUCGACUAAUUUUGUUUUGGGGCAUAUUUGAUUUUCCGAAGCUAUGUCCCAUUUUAGAAAAUGCUUCAUCAGUUUUAGCUUCAUAAGAACUAAGGAUAGUGUUCGCCAAACUCUGCUGACACCAUGAGCCAUGGUACCCCGGGUGAUCGCUUGCUUCAAUGGCAUUUCUGCAACUAUGCCUUUGCGGAAGUGCCUUUUGGAUGGAAACCUCUUGCAAACCAAAAUCCACAAUAUUGGGGCAACUCUCGUGGGUGUGGAUAAAGUUGGUAAUAAGUACUACGAGAACAUGAAUGCUCAACAUGGGAGACACAGAUGGGUAGAAUAUGCGGAGAAGGGCCACUAUAAUGCUUCUCAGGUGCCACCUGAAUGGCAUGGUUGGCUCCACAACAUAACGGAUCACACAGGAGAUGAGCUCUUGAUGCUGAAACCUAGGAGGUAUGGGAUCGAGCACAAGGAGAAUUUCUCUGGAGAAGGCGAUGAGUUCAUAUAUCAUUCAAAGGGACAUGCGCUCAAUCCUGGUCAGAGAGAUUGGACCAGGUACCAGCCAUGGCAGCCUGUUAAGACGACAGAGUCCCAGUCCCAGUAGCAAUGCGGGAGCUUCAAUCAUCCAUGUGUUGUUUCUGCAAAUAAUUUCUACGCGGCUUGAAAACUUAAAACAAUUAGCACUCUCUGUUGUUCAACUCCUGCUUUUCUUUUUUUGGUACUCUGGUGAUUGAUGCAGUUCUGUUUCUUGUGGCAAAGGUUUUGUCUGUCUGAGUACUAACUGUGCUGGUCCGGGACAGUCCCAAUUUUCACUUUUGCUCGAGGCAGCAACUGGUGGGAUAUGGGUUCCGGAACAGACAGAAAGGCUUCCCUCUCUAGAUCUAUUGUUUCAGACAUUGACACUUGAGCUUGGAAAGGUAGUUGGCUGAAUGUUGAUGUGUCCUAUUACUGUUUA